CAGAUUCAAAUCUUGUUCAUCAGGCCAGAUCCAAGCAUCAGGUUAUUUUGAUGAAAAUGGCUCACCUGACGCUUGUCCAAUAUCUCCAGGAGGUAUCUGGAGCUUUGAGCACCGAGGACGGAGACCACUUGGCGGAAUUGGUGUCCUAUCGACAUCCUCACAUUCAAAAUCCUCGAUUACAGCUUGAAGAUGCAGAAAGCAAAUGCAGAAAGUGGAUCGAUCAGCCCUUUGACGAGGUCGUUACUGCACAUUUAAGGUUACUGUGGGCUGCAGCCAACAACAACUAUGCUGAGGCAUACACGUGUCAAGCAGCCGCACUACAAUCAUUCCUGAAGCUCUUUCAAGCACUAAAAGAGACAAAUUGGCCUUUACCAGUGAUGUACACACUCAUACUUGACUUACGAACGUUUGCCAAGUGGGCAGACAAGCAGCAAGCACACACCAAGUCUGGAAAGCCGGACGAGAAGCUGGAAAAGGCCGCCGACUUGCUGAUGAACUGCUUCAGGGCGUGUGUGGCUGACACGAGAGCAUCAUUUGAAGUAACGAAGAGGUGGGGUACGUUGCCGAUUGUCAACAACCUGUUCAAGAUCUAUUUCCAGAUAAACAAGGUACAGCUGUGCAAGCCAUUGUUCCGUGCCAUUCAAGCGUCGAACCUGAAAGACAACUUCAAAGUCAGCCAUCUCGUCACAUACAAGUAUUACUUGGGGCGGAAAGCUCUCUUCGAUGGGUCGAACAAAGAAGCGACGGAAAACUUGCGGUUUGCAUUCGAGCGCUGUCACCGUGAUAAUAAGAGGAACAAACGACUCGUGCUCAUUUUCCUGGUUCCCGUUAUGAUGCUACAAGGUCGUCUCCCCCGACCGGAAGUGUUGCAGAAGUACUCACUUGUGCAGUUCAUGGACAUUGUGACUGCUGUGAGACAAGGCAAUCUCCUUCUGCUCAACAGCGCUCUUGCCAAGCACCAGGAAUUCUUCAUUCGUAUGGGAGUGUAUCUCAUUCUGGAAAAGCUCAAGAUCAUUAUCUAUCGCAACCUCUUCAAGAAAGUCUACACCAUACUGAACACGCACCAGAUACCGAUUGCAUCUCUGCUGGCAGCGUUGCGUAUGAUGCAACUUGACGGUGUGGAUCCCGACGAGACGCAGUGCAUUGUAGCAAACCUGGUGGAUAAAGGUUACAUUCGCGGCUACAUAUCGUUCCAGCAUCAGAAGCUGGUGGUCAGCAAGAAGGAUCCAUUCCCCAACAUUUCCACACUGCUUGCAGCAAAUGCGUAGGAGCAGGAGUAAUUUUGUUUUGGUUGACUCGCGCAUUCUGGCCACUAGCCAUGUAGAUGCCAUCAUAGUAUGAAGUGACUCCCUGCCUGCUUUUCUCAGCCUGCCAAGCUGCCAGAAAGAUGCCUGUAUGUAUAUGUAUGUAUGUACACGCCAAGCUCCUGCCUAUCCACCCGUUGAUCACUUCACACAUAUUUAGCCGUGCUUAAAUUGUGAUUUUGCACAUCGAGUGAAACUUUUGUAUAUAUCUUUUUGUACAUAGUCCAUGAUAAUAAUUAUGUUAAAAAGCUGACUAUAAAUAUCAGUUGCAUGGGGAAUUUCACAAUACAUCAUGAUGUUGUUCAUUGCUUGUACAGUGUUUUUGAUUUUGUUUUGUUAGCAUCAAUUUUUGAUUAUCGAAGUAUCUGUGUGUUAAGUGUAUGUUGACGAGAGAGAAGAAAGUCGUGUUAUA